AUGGCGUCGUCAACUCCAUACACAGUGAGGUGGGGUAUCAUGGCCACUGGUUGGAUUGCUGAGGUCUUCACCAAGGACCUCCUUGCCAACCCGGCCCUUCGUGAUGUGCACGAUGUCCGCCAUGAGGUCGCCGCCGCCGCCUCUUCCAGCUCCGAAGAAAGGGCCGCCGACUUCCUCACCAAGGUCAAGGCCCCGAGCUCUGCCAAGGCAUACGGGUCGUACCACGAGCUGGUGGCCGACCCCGACAUUGACAUCGUCUACGUGGCCACCCCCCACAGCCACCACUUCCAGAACGCCAUGCUCGCGCUCGAAGCCGGCAAGAAUGUGCUCUGUGAGAAGGCUCUGACCGUAACGGCAUCUCAGGCCCGCAAGCUCGUCGAUACUGCGCGGGCUAAGGGUGUCUUCUUUAUGGAGGCCGUGUGGACCCGCUACUUCCCUCUUAGCAUCCAGGUGAGAAACCUGAUCUCGUCGGGGGCUAUCGGAAACGUCUAUCGCACCAUCGCCGACCUGUCAAUCGGCAAGGACGGGGCCGACGGCAAGAUUGACUUUGACGAUUCGCACCGCAUGGUCAACCCCGCACUAGCCGGCGGUGCCCUCCUGGAUCUUGGUAUCUAUGCUCUGACCUGGGUUUUCCAGACGCUGUACCACGUACAGCCUGAGGAGCAGAAGGAGGCACCCAACGUCGUGGCCGCCGUCAACAAGUACCACACUGGAGCCGACGAGACGACUAGCAUCAUUGUGCAAUUCCCCAAGCACAAGAGCCACGGCAUUGCGCUCACAUCGCUUCGCGUAUCAAGUGAUGUGGAUGGCAAGAACAGCGGCGGCGCAGCUAUUCGCAUCCAAGGGUCCGCGGGUGAGAUCCAGGUCAUGGGCCCGGCGUACUGCCCGCUACAGUAUCGGGUGAUCAAGAAGGACGGUGCUGGCGAGGUUCAGGUGGUUGACUGCCCGAUCCCCAAGGACCCCGAGAGCGGGUGGGGCCAGGGCAUGUUCUGGGAGGCCGACGAGUGCGCCCGCUGCCUGCGUGAUGGGCAGAAGGAGAGCAAGUCCCUGCCGUGGAGCGAGAGCAUCGCCAUCAUGGAGGUUAUGGAAGAGACGCUGCGGCAGGGCGAAGUCGUGUACUCAGACGUCAUCACGACCGACGUGUACGAUGCUCAGAGCCCGUUGAACACUGGCAAGCGGUAA